CUGUUUGACGUGCCGACUAAUACUGCGCAAGCAGACAUUGAAGAGACUGUUCAGACAGUAAAGGCACUUGGGAGAGUAAAGGUACAGGACGCCCAAAGGUACGGGACGUCCAAAGUGACAUUCAGACUGGCAGCAACCUGGUACUCUGUGAAUGCCAGAUUGCAUUCCCCCCCAACUGCAGCCAGUGAAGGGAGGCUCAGAAUGGAAACAUUUCCUCUUCAAUGAACCUGUGAGCCCAGCUGAAGAUUUUUUAGCUAAGCUAAACAAACUAAUGACUGAUGAAGGAAAAUCAGUAAAUGAUGUUCACGCCAUGCUGACUACAGAGACUCCACAAGGAAGCUCCCCAGAGUCCAUCAUCCGAGCAGUGGGAGACCUGUUGGGAAAAACGAUGAGACCUACCAGUGAGAACAAUGCAUUUCGACAUCUGCGGAUGUUCUCUGGAAACCUUCCCACACCGCCAGGAGAGGAGAGCCUUGACCAUUGGCUCGAACAAGCCAAUCUAAUGAUUGAAGAAUGUGACUGCUCUGAACAUGAGAAACGAAAGAGAAUAGUCGAGAGCUUAAAUGGGCCGGCCCUGGAAAUAAUUCAGGCUGUACGGCUAAACGACCCAGAUGCUAGCCCUGACUGUUAUUUAAAGGCCUUGGAAAGUGCCUUUGGCACGCCUGUGUCAGGACAAGGCUUAUAUUUUGCCUUCAGGAGCCUUCACCAACAGUCUGGUGAAAAGCACUCUGACUUUUUAAGGAGGUUGGAACGCUCGUUGAUCAAAGUAGUGCAGAAAAGAGGUCUUCUCAGCCACAGAGCCGAUCAUGCUCGAAUUCACCAACUCAUUAGAGGUGCUACUGACUCUGAUAUGAUGCUGUUACAGCUGAGAUUGAGAGAAAGAAGAGAGAGACCUCCUACCUUCUUAAAGCUCCUAAAUGAGAUUCGUGAAGAGGAGGAAUAUGAGACAGCUCGAUGAAAAUUAACUACAACAGUAAGACAAGUACAAGUCAGAGACCAAGCCAAUACCAAAGCUACAGAAGACCAAAAGUUGAAGGCAGAGAUUCAAGAGCUUUGUGCAGAGCUUGGUGAGCUAAGGGAAAAGCAGCAAGACA